CCUCUCUUUGAUCUCGUCAGCUCUGUCCUGGUGAACACAGAUAAGGCUGUUCUGCAUUUAGCACGCUUCUCUCCAUUUUUCCACUAAGGAUGUUUACAUAUUGAACUGAACAGAGAGGAUCCUUUUUGAACUAUUGUUUCACUCAAGAUUGUUUUAAGGUGUUCCUGCAGUUUGGAGGGAGGCCAAUCACAUUGCUAGGUGAGGCUGGAGAGCAGAGAGGCCGGACGAGGCUUAGCCAUUAAUUAUUUAGCCGUGAAAGGGGAGGGAAAAGCAAGUGCUGAACUCUCACAUAGGGAAAUACAAGCUCAGAGGAAAUCUUUCAGUCAUAUUAGAAUCACUCCUGAGGAUUGAGGGGGACAGGCUUCGGGACACAUUUAAACCUGAGGACUCAUUUUGUCUUUCAAUAAGUAAAUCUCGUUUUUUUUUCUGAGUCACCACCUGUGUCAGGAAGUCAAGAUGUUUGCAGUCCAUUUGCUGUCCUUUUACUUCUCAAAGCUUCAGGAGGAUCAGAUCAAGAAGGUAGACCGGUAUCUGUACGCAAUGCGUUUAUCAGAUGAUCAGUUGGCGGACAUAUCAGCUCGCUUUCGGCAGGAGAUGGAGAAAGGACUGUCAAACGAGAGCAAUGCUACAGCUGCAGUCAAGAUGCUCCCGACCCACGUUUAUUCAACACCCGAUGGCUCAGAGAAGGGUGAGUUUCUGGCGCUGGAUCUGGGGGGUUCCAAAUUUAAGGUACUACAGGUGAAGGUUUCCGAAGAUGGGAAGGGGAAAGUCCAGAUGGAGAGUGAAACCUUUCCCAUCCCUGAAGAGGUCCUCAAUGGCAAAGGAUCUGAGCUUUUUGAGCAUGUGGCAGAGUCUUUGAAGUCUUUUCUCCAGAAACACCACAUUAAUCACACAAGAAAACCUCUCGGCUUCACCUUCUCUUUCCCUUGUGCGCAAUCCAAAAUAGAUGAGGGUGUCUUGUUGUCAUGGUCAAAGAAUUUCAAGGCUAGAGGUGUUCAAGGGAACAAUGUGGUGCAGUUAUUAAGGAAAGCGAUUCGAAAAGUUGGGGUUGUUGACGUAGAUGUCCUGGCUAUGGUCAAUGACACAGUGGGGGCCAUGAUGACCUGCGGAUAUGAUGACCAGAACUGUGAGGUGGGGGUAAUUAUAGGUACCGGCACUAAUGCUUGUUACAUGGAGGAGCUCAGACACAUUGAUCUGGUGGAGGGAGAUGAAGGGAGGAUGUGUAUUAAUACUGAAUGGGGGGCAUUUGGAGACGAUGGUGUGCUUGAUGAUUUCAUCACAAGCUUUGACCGUGAAAUUGAUGCCGCCUCAAUUAAUCCAGGAAAACAGCUUUUUGAAAAGAUGGUGAGUGGGAUGUACAUGGGGGAGCUCGUGAGACUCAUCCUGCUGAAGAUGGCCAAAAAGGGUCUACUCUUUCGUGGCCAAGUCUCUGAUGCUCUUCGAACCAAGGGAACUUUCCAGACCAAACAUAUCUGCUUGAUUGAACAGUAUAAAGGAGGUCUGGAGAACACCAAGGAGAUCCUGGAAGACCUGGGUCUCAAUCCUAGUGAAGAUGACUGCAUUGCUGUCCAGCAUGUCUGUACCAUCGUCUCCUUCAGGUCAGCUAAUCUGGUUGCUGCCGCUCUGGCUGCCAUUCUGACACGGAUCCGAGAAAACAAAAAGCUGAAAACCCUUCGGACCACAGUAGGAGUGGAUGGGACGGUUUACAGAACACAUCCACAGUACCCCAAGAGGCUCCACAAGGUGGUCCGCCAUCUGGUGUCAGACUGUCAUGUCCGUUUCGUGCUGUCUGAAAGUGGCAGUGCAAAAGGUGCCGCCAUGGUGACUGCAGUAGCUCAGCGGUUAGCUUCCCAAAGGAAGGAGGUCGAUGAUACUCUCGCGGCCUUCACCUUGAGCUCCACACAGCUUCAGGAAGUGAAGGCGAAGAUGCGCGUGGAGUUGGAACGAGGCUUGAGGAAAGACUCCCAUCCCACUGCCUCAGUCAAAAUGCUGCCCACGUAUGUUUACAGGACUCCAGAUGGGACAGAAAGAGGAAAGUACCUUGCCUUGGAUCUUGGUGGAACCAAUUUCCGUGUGUUGGUGGUUAAGAUUCGUACCGGUAUGCGAAAUUCAGUCAGGAUGUACAACAAGAUUUACGCCAUUCCACUGGAGAUCAUGCAAGGCACAGGAGAGGAGUUGUUUGACCACAUAGUUCAGUGCAUCUCGGAUUUCUUGGACUAUAUGAAACCAGUACACACACAAAGUCUCAGGUUUUCCAGAUAUGUUCUGAUGUGUUAUCCUCUAAUUUCCAGGUUUGAAAAGAUGACCAGUGGAAUGUAUUUGGGAGAGAUUGUAAGGCAGAUCCUCAUUGAUCUCACAAAGCAUGGUCUUCUGUUUCGUGGUCGCAUCACAGAGAGACUGAAGACCAAAGGCAUCUUUGAGACCAAGUUCCUCUCUCAGAUUGAGAGUGACCGUCUGGCGCUACUGCAGGUCAGGUCUAUUCUGCAGCAUCUGGGCCUGGACAGCACAUGUGACGACAGCAUCAUUGUCAAAGAAGUGUGUGGAGCUGUUUCUCGCCGAGCAGCUCAGCUCUGUGGAGCAGGAAUGGCUGCUAUUGUAGACAAAAUCAGAGAGAACCGUGGUCUGGACCAUCUGGAGAUUACUGUGGGAGUGGACGGCACCCUUUACAAGUUACAUCCACACUUCUCCACAAUCUUAAAGGACACUGUCAGAGAACUCGCGCCCAACUGUAAGGUGGAUUUUAUCCUAUCAGAGGAUGGCAGUGGGAAAGGGGCGGCCCUGAUCACAGCGGUAGCACAGCAGCAUAAUAUAGAGAAACAAGAACCUCAAUAGAUGCUCAGACUGGGUUUCUUUGAGGGCUGAUGUGUUGUUUUAAGAGUUCAGGUUUCUGCUGUAUAAGUAAUAACAGAUUUAUCAAAUGACAACUUCACAAAUUCUAGCUUAUUUUGCAGCUUGCAUAUCAUUUUAUUUUUUUGCAUACAAAAAUCCGAAAAUCAGGUACAUUGGCAGAAAAGUGUUCAUUUAUUACUUUUCUAUUAUUAUUCUUUUGUUUUAAAUGUAUUAAUUAGUGCAAUUGAGACUGCACUGAUGUUCAUCAUGUUCAGCAUUGGUUCACUCUCACUGUACGUUGCCACUUUGAAGGGUCUUUUUGUUCCGACUCAGUGAACGGUUUGCAUGGGCAGUCAGAGUGAAAGGCUCACAGAAGCCUAAACUAAAGGGGGCAGUGGCUGUGUGCAGUGUGGAAUGUCAUGAGAGUAUGUUGCUCUACGAUGGUGUCUGAGAAGCUUAGAGACCAAACAGCCAUAUUAAAUCAGGAACUGCUGUACUUGAAAAGCAAUUUAUUUAUUUAAACAGUAGAGGCAGAUUAGAGUCAAAUUCAAAGCUUGUUUUCGGUAUUGUGAAAAAUGACUUAAGAUUUUAUUUGAAAUCGAAUGUGAGGAGACCACAUUUAAGAUAAUUUUAUGGUAUUUUUAUAUGUUUUUUUUACAAGAUCCAGUCCACAUUCAUUGUCAUUUUAUGGAAAAGCGUGACUAGUAUACUACUGUUCAAAAUUAAUUAAUCAUUUUAUUCAGCAAGAGUGCAUUAAAUUCAUCAAGUUUCAUGGUUUCCACAAAAAUAUUAAGUACAACAACUGUUUUCAACAUUGAUAAUAAAAAAUGUUUCUUGAGCAGCA